CCCGAACCUUCCCUUCGCUCUGCGAGCCCUCGCUUUUCUCCCCCUUUUCUCCGCCGUUCUUCCCCUUCCCCCCCUCGAUUUCGAGGGUUUUUCUUUCUUUUUCUGUAUUUUUUUUCUCAUUUCUUGGUAAACCCUAACCAACUCCCAUUCGAUUCGAUCGAAUUCGAGUAUUUUCAUCUCCCGUAAGAAACCUAGGGCAACGAAAAAUGCAGCAGCCCAGGCUCAAGCAGCAGCAGGCCCUGAUGCAGCAAGCUCUCCUACAGCAGCAGCAGCAGCAGUCCCUCUACCACCAUCCUGGCCUCCUGGCAGCCCCUCAGAUAGAGCCAAUCCUAAGUGGAAAUCUGCCUCCUGGAUUUGAUCCAAGUACAUGCCGCAGUGUGUAUGUUGGCAAUGUUCAUGUUCAAGUUACUGAAGCACUCCUCCAAGAGGUGUUCCAAAGUACUGGUCCAGUUGAAGGAUGCAAGCUCAUUAGGAAAGAAAAGUCGUCCUUUGGUUUUGUUGACUACUAUGACCGUAGAUCUGCAGCACUUGCAAUUGUGACACUCAAUGGGAGGCAGCUGUUUGGGCAGCCUAUUAAAGUUAAUUGGGCAUAUGCCAGUGGGCAAAGAGAGGACACAUCAGGGCAUUUCAACAUCUUUGUUGGUGACCUUAGCCCUGAAGUCACCGAUGCAACCUUAUUUGCAUGCUUCUCUGUAUAUCCCAGCUGCUCAGAUGCUAGGGUUAUGUGGGACCAAAAGACAGGACGCUCAAGAGGGUAUGGCUUUGUUUCAUUCCGAAAUCAACAGGAUGCACAAAGUGCUAUAAAUGAUUUAACUGGUAAGUGGCUUGGCAGUCGGCAGAUUCGUUGCAACUGGGCUACAAAGGGUGCCAAUUCUAAUGAGGACAAACAAAACUCAGAUUCUAAGAGUGUGGUGGAGCUAACAAGUGGAUCAGGAGAAGAUGGUCAAGAGAUUGCAAGUGACGAUGGCCCAGAGAAUAACCCACAAUACACAACUGUCUAUGUGGGCAACCUUGCUCAUGAGGUUACGCAAGUUGAUCUCCACCGCCUCUUCCAUGCCCUUAGUGCUGGAGUGAUUGAAGAGGUUCGUACACAACGGGAUAAAGGUUUUGGUUUUGUGAGAUACAGUAACCAUGCAGAAGCUGCCCUGGCUAUUCAGAUGGGGAAUGGUCGAAUUCUUUCUGGAAAGCCAAUCAAGUGUUCGUGGGGCACCAAGCCCACUCCACCUGGGACAGCCUCAAAUCCGUUGCCCCCUCCUGCAGCUGCUCCGUUCCCUGGGCUCUCAGCAACUGACCUCUUGGCCUAUGAGCGUUCAUUGGCAUUGGGUAAGAUGGGUUCUAGCCAGCAGGCACUGAUGCAUGCCCAGAGUCAGCAUGCCCUGAAGCAAGCUGCAAUGGGAAUGGGUGCUGGAGCUAGUCAGGCUAUCUAUGAUGGCGGGUUCCAGAACGUUAGUGCAGCACAACAGCUCAUGUAUUACUAGUUAUUCAGAUGACCCCCCAACUAGGCUUUUGUGUACCCCUGGGUAUCUCGGAAGUUCUCUUCUGCUGCUGCUUUCUACGCCAUCUUUUUCUCUCUGUACCGUAAAAUCUUCUACUAUACUUUUAUUUGGUUGUGCUGUUCCCCUGCAUGUUUUUAUGAUUGUAUGGAUAUUUUUUAACGUAGACGCAUAUGGAGUGUUUUGUAGGGAUGAUGACAAUUAAUUGGGGAACUCUUGUUCUAUUAUUUUUCUUUGCUUUUUGGGUUUUUAUUUCUUUAGCCCCGAGGGUUCACCUGGCAUCAUGGUUUACUGGUGCAAUAUUAUUUUAUUGGAAAAAAAAUCUGUGUUUGCCAUA